AUGAGUCCCCCAGCAGCAGCAGGAGGUGGCCUGCCAGCUGCAGCAGGAGGUGCUGCACAAGCAGCACCCUCCCCAGCAGCAGCAGCAGCAGCACCCUUCCCAGCUGCAGCAGCAGCAGCCCUUCCAGCAGCAGCAGCAGCACCCCCUCCAGCAGCAGCAGCAGCACCCCGCGCAGCAGCAGCAGCAGCACCACCGCCACCACCACCGCCAGCAGUAGCAAUCCCCGUUGCAGCACCGCCAUCGGCAGGAGCUGCAGAAGCAAGAGCAGCAGCAGCAGCAGCAGAAGCAGCAGCAGCAGCAAUGAGGGUCCCAGGGCAAGCUGCAGCAGCAGCAGCAGCUCCGAGCGGCCCCCCUGCUUCUGCUGCUUCGGCCUUGAGCCUCAGCAGCGAAGACACGAACGCAGCGACGGCUGCGAGCAGCCCGGCGCCGCAGCCAGCAGCAGCAGCAGCAGCAGCAGCAGCAGCAGCAGCAGCAGCAGCAGCAGGGCGGCGGGGGCCGCCCGGGAGUGGCCGCCGCGCAGCAGCAGCUCUGAGGGAAUUAACUGAAAACAAAGUUCAUUUGGUGUUUUAUGGUGGGGUUGUUUUGACGCUGCUGCUGCUGUUCCCGCUGCUGCUAGGGUUUCAUUUGCUGUCGCCGGAAGCAGUUUCGUUGGGGGUUUUGCUGCUGCCGCUGCUGACGGCGCUGCUGCAGGCUCUUGCUGCACCUGUGGGGCCCCGCUGCUGCUGCUGCUGCUGCUGCUGCUGCUUCCCCAGCCGCCGCAGACUCGCAGCCUGCUGCAGCAGCAUCACUUCUUACAAAGUCAAAUUCAAAAUUGCUGUUUGCGCUGCAACACUCGCCCCCAUCAUCUGCAUCCUCACCAUCAUUUUCGAAGUAGGGUUUAGGGUUUAG